CCGCCAUAUUGCGCGCCAAUUUCGAAACCAUUAUACACGAUUACGAAAUAAAUCAAAUAAAUGAAAUCAUUCUCAAAUGCUUUUCGACAAUAAACCUCGGAAAUAUGAAGCUUAAAAUCCGAAUUAUCCCUUUGCUAUUCUUAUUAAAGUAUCGAGAGGGAUUGAGAACCGAAAAGAGAGGUUAUUUUUUCUCUCUUCCUCUCCCACAAAGCCCGACAAGGCCGAGGUCAGCAGCAUAGAGUCGGAGUCAGUCAAGGCGUGUUUGAGGUUAGGUUAACCACACUGUGAUCAUCAUUUUAUAUUUAUAAACUGACGUUCACGGCUUCAAUAUUCCACCGCGAGGAAUUCACUUUGUCGAAUGACUGGAUGAAAAUCAUUAAAUUGUUGGUUGAUAAUAAUAUCUCCUGCCGAACAAUAUUUUACUAUUGUUUGCCUACGAGGAUUUACCGAAUGCGAAGUGGCGUUCUUUUAUAUGAGGCGUUAAAAUAAGCAGGAUAUAUUCCCGUAUUUCGUUGGCGCAGAACAGUAUUAAGCCAGGAUGACGGACUCGGUAUGUGGAGUGCUGGGCAUAGACCGAGUGGACAUGAACGGAAUGAUGACCCUGAUCGAGGAGCAGCAUGGCAGCGAUGCGAACUUCCUGGUGAAUUCGAUCCUUGCCGGAGCCCUGGAGAAGGGUCAAGGAGUCUGUCUGGUGCUUUUCCAUAACACAUUCAGCCAUUACCACAACAUAGGCAUGAAGCUCGGAUACAAUCUCAGCGUACUGAGAGAGCGAGGACAGGUGGCAGUGAUCGAGCCGAUGUCGCUAGUGAGUUGUGAGAUCGAAGAGUUGGGCCACGACUCGGUGGAUGCAGACAGUGUAAAUCUCUGCGAAAGGAAGCCGAAGGAACCGGAGAACAGUCAAGCACCAAACUCGAUGAAGUUCGAUGCCAAUAUUGGACGCAAACUUUUGUUUCCUCUCAGAGAUAAGUGCUUCGAGGUGCUCGACUCGAGGGACUCCGUAGUUAUUAUAGUGGAUGACCUCAGCCAUCUCUUCGAUGCGCAGCUUAGCCUUAAGGAUGUGUGGUUCGUCGUUCGGUAUUUAAGGUCCUUGAUGGAGUUCGAGCCUAUGGUGUCCUUGUACAUUAUGACGCAUACCUAUAAAGCAGACCAUGAUAGCUGUCAGCCGGAUAUGAUUGCGAUUGGUUUGAAGCAUACGGCGGACCUGGUCGUUACCGUCCAGCCACUUGCCUCGGGGAAGGCUAACGAUGUUUCGGGCAGGAUGAAUAUUCGAUGGAAAGUGGAUUCGGUUCGCAAGAAGUACAAGUGGGCUGAGAGGUCGUGCUAUCUGUACAAACUCUCCGAUCGACAGGUUAGGGUCUUUCCGCUGGGAACCACCAGUGGUGUUUCAUAACGGAUGAUUUAGCUUAUCAUCAAGAGGAGAGGGUUUGUCUUCUUCAAAAUGGAGGAUUAAGGUGUUAUGGAAGUGCCAUUGCAUAUUGUAAUCUACGUUGAUAGUGUAAAAUUCAUCUAUACAUGUUUCGGUGGUAACAGCAUUUUAGAUACUCAAAUGGUAACAUAAGCUCGUGCGUCGUAUUACCAACAUUUAUAUUUAUCGUGAUGUUUCUUACACUCUAUGUUGAGAAUUAUACGAAAUUAAGUGUUCCAUACGUAAAUUCAAUAGAGUGAUUAUAAAGAGAUCAAACUACAACUUGAGAAUUCGCCCCAACUCAUGAUCUUUAAAACUCUAUUGGAGUAACAGCGCCAUAAUAAACAAAUUUUUGGAUAUCAAAUGAAAUGAAUUCAUGAGUUUCAGGAUGUACUUUAAGGCUUCCAUAUUCAUAUAGUAAAGAUUAAAACGAAUCGGUGCAUCCAGUUCGGAGAAAAGUUUCAUAAACGAUUAACUAACCUCUCUAGUACAUAAAUAUGUAAUGACACUUUCAUAACGCCUUAAUUCCUUGAAAAAAAAUGGCACAAUUUUUGGAAUCCUAAGCUCAAAGGGUGUUACGAUCCAAAGAAAUGGUUCUUUGGUGUUACUUAAGAUGGUUUUUCUUCGAUAUGGAAUCUAUUAUAAGUAAUGUAAUUGUCAAUAUUUGAAGGUGCACGUUUUGGAGUUUUUUUUAAAGCAUCUUGCAACAACUGAAGAUUUUAAAGACCCAAUGGGCUCAGGUCGAAGGAAAUAUCUACGACAAGUCCUGCUACCUGUAUAGGUUAUGUUUUUCAGUAUUUGGUGCUGUUCGUUUUCUUCGGAAACCAACAGUAGAUUUUCAUAACAAAUAAGUCAGUUUCCCAUUAAAAGUAUCAAGAGUGAUUGUGUUCAUAGUGAAGAAUUAAUCCUGAACUCGAAAGACUACGAUCCAAAGAAGUGGUUCUUCGGUGUUACGGUUCCCCUUCGAGUUGAAACCUAUUGUUAAUAAUAAUUGUGCAACUGUUAUUAAUACUUUAAAGUGCAUGUUGUACUGUUUUUAUGCAUCGUGCACCCUCUUUGGUGUUUUUAAAAAGGCAACGGGUCUGAUUACGAAAGUGGAACCGCAGGCUAUUGUAACAUUUCUUAGAACCAUUUUUCCAAAGCGAUGCCAAUCCUUUGCCCAUGUCCACUUAUUUGUUAUGUUAAUGGCAAUCUGUGUACGUUUCAAUAAGUACAAUUCAAUGAGAGUAAUUUUUAUGGUAAAGUGGAACGUCAUCGAAACUAUCAAAACUUGGUACGCUACUAAUUAAUUCUAAGUGUCAGGUGGAGUCGAUCUAGUUGACUUUACAUCCUCCGUAAGGGAAUUAUUGUCAACUUCACGAAUUAUUUAUGUAUGUAAAUACUCACAGAACUGGAAAAAGAUUUUUUUCCAUCUCUCCACCGAUAUAAAGAUCGAUGUUAAUCCAGCUAAGA